GCCCGCUCGAGCCGAGGCCACGCCGCAUCUCCGCCGGGCCAAACCCUAUGUCUCGCAAGGCGCAACCCGCGGAGCCUCCACGCGGGCGGAAGGGCAGGAGGAAACCUCUCCCCUCCCUCGCGCCGCCGAACCAAGCGGGGGCCGCCGCCGCCGCCGCCACCGCCACCGCCACCGCCACCACAACCACCGGUCCAGCCGCAGCUGCCAUGGAGGCUGAAGCGGGCGCCGCGGCCAUCGUCUACGACGCCCUCCCGGGUUUCAGCCUGGCGUUCUCGCCGGAUGAGGAGGAGGAGGAGCACCUAGGCGGUGCGGCUGCCGGCCCCGGCGCGUCGGCCUCCGCCUCGGCUGCGGCGGAGGAGGUGGAGGACGCCACCGCGACCUACUCCGUGUUCCGUAACGAGAUCACGGCUGCUGGGGACGCGCUAGUCGACAUACCCGCUGCGGAUUUCUUCUCCCUCGACGUCUCGGCCGCAGUCGAAGACGAGCCGGCCACCCCGCCGGCGUUGUCGCCGCGGCCUGUCGCGGAGGCAACGCCCUCGGGAUCCCUAGCCCCCGCGGAGCAGCCGGCGCAGGGAUCGGAGCGCGCGUGGUUUCGGGGAGGCAGGCGGUUCAGAAGCCCAAUGCUGCAGCUUCACAAAGAGAUUCUUGACUUUUGUGAGUUUAUUUCACCAUCUGCUGAAGAACAGUCCUCACGGACAGCUGCUGUGACAGCUGUCUCCAAUGUUGUCAAACAUAUAUGGCCUCAGUGCAAGGUGGAAGUCUUUGGAUCUUUUAGAACAGGGCUGUUUCUACCAACAAGUGAUAUCGACGUUGUAAUAUUUGACUCCAGGGUUAAGACUCCUCAAGUUGGCCUAUAUGCUCUUGCAAAAGCAUUGUCUCAGAAAGGGGUUGCUAAAAAGAUACAGGUAAUAGCCAAGGCCCGUGUUCCAAUUGUGAAGUUUGUGGAGAGAAAAAGUGAAAUAGCUUUUGAUAUCAGCUUUGAUGUGGAUGGUGGACCGCAAGCAGCGGACUUCAUCAAGGAUUAUGUGAAGAAGUUUCCUGCUUUAAGACAUCUGUGUAUGAUUCUGAAAGUUUUCUUACAUCAAAGAGAGCUCAAUGAGGUCUAUACAGGUGGAAUUGGUUCAUAUGCUCUUCUCACUAUGCUGAUCACACAUCUACAGUUGGUCUGGGGAGGCAAAGAUAUACUGGGGUAUCGUAAAAAGGAGCACAACUUGGGAAUUCUUUUGAUCACAUUUUUUGAUUUUUAUGGACGCAAGCUGAACAAUUGGGAUGUUGGUAUAUCCUGCAACUCUGCAAGGACCUUUUUCUUGAAGACUGAUAAAAACUUUGCGAAUCCUGAUCGAGCAUACCUUCUAGCCAUUCAGGAUCCCAUGGUACCAGAUAAUGAUAUUGGGAAGAAUUCCUUUAACUAUUUCAAGGUGAAAUCAGCAUUUUCAAAGGCUUAUUCUGUGUUAACUGAUGUGAACUUGAUCACAAGCUUGGGAGCGAACCGGAGCAUUCUGGGCACAAUUGUCAGACCAGACUCUGUGCUCCUCGACCGGAAAGGCUGGAACAAGGACGAUACAAUAGCUGACAUGUUAACAGAACCCUGGGAACCAUUACCCCGGCAGUUUGACAGCGGCAACGAUGCAGUGUACAGUUGGCAUGUGAUAGACGAUGAACCACUACCCAGGAAUAAUAGUCCAUCCACAUCGGAGGACAGAAAUCCAUCACCUACGCAAAAACGGAAGUCCUCCAAAGCAAAACAGAAAUCACGGAAAAAGGCCAAGGCUGAUUCGUCAAGUGGUAACAAUGUUGAAAAUGGUUUCAAGCUGGGGAAAGGACUAGCACAAUGUGACAGAUCUCAUCGUAGUACAGGAAGCAGCAAACGGAGCAAAGGACAUAGAGAGUAUGACAGAUUUACAAAUACCCUCCCACAGUAUACGCAGCACAUUAAUAGGUGGUGACUUUUGGAGUCCCACAAGGUUUUGACAGGCAGAAGAGCAUUAUGGCGCCCUAGCAAACGUCGAAGUUCCAGCGGCUUUCUGAAGGAAGAAGCCAUAUGAUUUAUUUGUUUGUUUGUCUGGCACAUUAUAUUCAGUCCCUUGUAAGUCUGUAACGCCGAUCAAACCGAUAUCUUCAGUUAUUUUAUUAUUAUAUUAUUUGAACGGCUGCAAUUUUGCCAACUAGAUUGUGGUUUUCAGAAUUUUUGAAAUUUUCAUUGUCCGUAACGUGAAUCCAUAACAUGACUCCUUGAAAAGGUCAAAUUUUAUUGAACAAAAGAGGAGAACAGUUUGAACCAUCGGA